AUAUUACGCAGAAGAGGUUCGUAUAGAGAGAGAGAGGGAGAGCUGGAGUGAUUGUGAGGGGCGGAGGAAAGAGAGCCUGUUCUCAGCGCUUAUCACACUCAGAGCAGUGCAGAGAGACAGUCGGAGUAACAGCGCUCACUCACUCACUCAAUCAGCCGCGUUCUGUCCGAGCAAAGCCCGAGCCGCCCGAGCCUCAAGCAUGGUCUCUAUAAUCUCAGACCUGGACCCUCUCAAGAGCUGGAACGUGUUAAGGCAGGACGCAAGUGAUCUGACUGGAGCUAUUCAGAGUAACGGUACAGCUGGGAAGAUGAACGGCGCCCUUGAACACUUGGACCAGCCGGAUCCGGACGCCAUCAAGAUGUUCGUGGGUCAGAUCCCACGCUCCUGGGCCGAGAAAGAGUUAAAAGAGCUUUUUGAGCCGUACGGAGCCGUCUACCAGAUCAACAUACUGCGAGAUCGUAGUCAGAACCCACCACAGAGCAAAGGGUGCUGUUUUGUCACAUUCUACACACGGAAAGCUGCCCUGGAGGCCCAGAAUGCACUGCACAACAUAAAGACCUUAACUGGGAUGCACCAUCCCAUACAGAUGAAGCCCGCAGACAGUGAGAAAUCAAACGCGGUGGAAGACAGAAAGCUGUUCAUCGGCAUGGUGUCGAAGAAAUGCAACGAGAACGACAUCCGGGUCAUGUUCUCUCCUUUCGGACAGAUCGAGGAGUGUCGCAUCUUGAGGGGACCAGAUGGACUCAGCCGAGGAUGUGCGUUUGUCACGUUUUCUACCAGGGCUAUGGCACAGAAUGCAAUCAAAGCCAUGCAUCAGUCUCAAACCAUGGAGGGCUGCUCCUCCCCCAUGGUGGUGAAGUUUGCUGACACACAGAAGGAUAAGGAACAGCGACGGCUGCAGCAGCAGUUGGCGCAGCAGAUGCAGCAGUUGAACAGCGCAUCAGCCUGGGGGAGCCUGACCGGCCUGACUGGCCUCACCCCGCAGUAUCUGGCAGUAAGAGGACACACCCACGCAGCCACGCCCACCAGCAGCACAGCCAGCGCAGCCGCCGCAUUGCUCCAACAAGCGACCUCCUCCAGUAACCUAGGAGCGUUCAGUGGUAUUCAACAAAUGGCAGGUAUGAAUGCUCUGCAGUUGCAGAAUCUGGCCACUCUAGCAGCAGCAGCGGCUGCAGCACAGAGCUCAGCCAGCCCGUCCACCGCUAGCGCACUGACCUCCAACACAGGGUCCCUGGGAGCCCUGGCCAGCCCAGUAGGUUCCACAGCUAACUCCACCGCAGCUGCAAUGGGUUCCCUGGGUUCUCUGGGGACACUGCAGGGUCUGGCCGGGGCCACCGUGGGCCUCAAUAACAUAAAUGCACUAGCAGGUAGCGUCAACAUUGCUCACAUGCUCUCAGGUAUGGCAGCUCUGAAUGGCGGGCUGGGCAGCACAGGCCUGAGUAACGGGUCGGCCGGGCCCAUGGACGCUCUCACACAGGCCUACUCAGGGAUCCAACAGUACGCGGCUGCCGCCCUGCCCACCCUCUACAGCCAGUCCCUACUGCAGCAACAGAGCGCUGCAGGCAGCCAGAAAGAGGGACCUGAAGGAGCCAACCUGUUCAUCUACCACCUGCCACAGGAGUUUGGGGACCAGGACAUCCUACAGAUGUUCAUGCCUUUCGGAAACGUGGUGUCUGCCAAAGUCUUUAUCGACAAACAGACCAAUCUGAGCAAGUGCUUCGGUUUCGUCAGUUAUGACAAUCCUGUGUCAGCGCAGGCCGCCAUUCAGGCGAUGAACGGGUUUCAAAUCGGCAUGAAGCGUCUCAAAGUCCAGCUCAAGCGCUCAAAGAACGACAGCAAACCGUACUGAUCUUAGCACUAGGGCCUCUCUCAUGUUACACUGCUAGGAACUCAUCUCCAUGACUCUAUGCUCAUCGUUUGCCUAGCAUGUCUACGUGGCGUACAAAAAAACCCCCGUCUCAUCGUCCCGUCAUUGUUUCUGAUGUCUUUCUGAGUUCUCCUGCUCAUAAUCUGGUCUCCUUUUACUGAUCUUUGUACUUUGAUCUUAGCCUGAUCUUUUUGGAAAAUUUUCGCAUGUGACCACAUUUUGAGCUCUUAUUUUUUCUUGUUUUUGUUUUGUUUUUGUUUGUUUAGAUUAACUGGUGAGGGAGGGAGCGAGGGAGAGAAGGAAGGGAGGAAAGAAAAAAAUAAAAAGAAAAAAUAAAAUAAUAAUAAUGUGAAAACGCUGCAUUCACACUCUAGAGACAGAGUAUAUUUACUAACAUAACCAGAGCAUCAUUUUAAGAAAACAAAGAUAAAAAAGAUUUUAAAAAAUCCUGUGGCAAAACAAUUACAUAUAUUUACGUUUGACUUUUUUGUUUCUUUUUAAUUUGUCUGAUUGUUUUUGUUUCUCUCUCUCUCUCUUUAUGUUGUUGUUUUUUGUUUUUCAUUCGUUUAAAGUAAACUUGAACGUUCAAUACAGGGAUUGGCGUUGGGACUUACUGUCGGCAACACUCUUAAUUUGAGGCCUGCUGUAAGAAACCCACGCUGGUUUCUAAAUGAAUAGACUACUUCCACGCAGUUUUAAUAAUAAAAAAAAAAAGCUGUCUGAUCGAUAUUAGAAUCUCUCAGAGCUUGCUCGUGGUUUUUACAUUUUUCAGGCAGUGUAAAGUUUUUUGAUAAGGCCAUUUUAAGUGGCUUGAUUUCUCAUUAAAGUCUAUAUAAAACCACUUUUUUCUAGAGUAGUAAAGGUAUUACAAAAAAAAAUAAAAAAAAACACAAGAUUGCCCUGUUUGGGGGGAAAUGCUACCUACGUGUCACACCUUUUGCUGAACUGACUUACAGUUAGACAAUCCGUGGUUUAAAUGCACAUGAAAUGACCUAUAUUUUAUACUGUUUAAAUGUAUAGAGGAAAAAAAACAGAGUUUGUGUAACCCGCGGUCCCGUCGGUGCUUUUCGUGGAUAAAGUCGUGGUUUCAUCAAGUCUAACAGUCUUAUUUGUCUCAUGUUUUUAAAGAGAAGACUAAAAAUCAAUUUACUUGAACAAUAGACAAAGCCUUUCAAAAGUACUAUUACUACUACUUUUUUGUUUUGUUUUGUUUUUUUCCUUGUUUUUUUGUUUUUUUAUUUUUGUUUAGUUUAUUUUUGAUAGGAGUCCCUCUUUGCUAAAUUUCUUGUUGGGUAAUUAACUAUAUACAAAUUCUUAAAAGUUACAGUGUCGGCUUGUGAAGCAUCUAUGUCAUUAUAUUAUUUUAUUUCUAUUGUGGGAAACAAUAUUUAGAUGUAUUAUGUUGUUCAGCAAAAUGUGAUUUUUUUUUCUUAUAAAGAAAAAACAAGAUGAGUGGAAUUUAGUGCCAAAUUCUGACGGUACAUCCUGCCUACAGCUUCAGUGUUUUACUUGUGAAAUUAUUUGAUAACAUGGGUAUUUUAUUACGUAAGUGUUUUGUAUGGAACCAUCAUAUUUAAAGAUAUAGAUUUAAAAAAGAUUGUUAACUUGCUCUUCUGUGGUCUUGUUGCCUGAAACUGUUCAUGUUUUUGCUUUGCUUUCUUUUUUUCUUUAUUUGUAAAGAUGUAAAAAGUCCCCAUGUGUCAUUAUCGCUCUCACAAGCACACACACACACACACACACACACACACACACACACACACACACACACAGAUUCACAGGUAUGCACAUACACACACUUGCACGCAUACACACACCUGUGCUAAAGGUUGACCUCACAACCCUCUUUUCUUUGACGGUGUGUGUAUUUGAGCCCCUGAGAUCGAGUCUCAGCAGUUCUCCUUAUACAUACACACACCUACACACAAUUCACCACAGAAGGCCCAGAUUUGACAGGACAAAUUCAUCUGAUACAUCAUGUUUGUCAUUAAACACUUUCGUGUGUGACGGGACGUAUUUUGUGAAUCAGGCGUUGAACUUUGGACCAUCAUAAUAUAAUACAGGGCCAUCAUGACAGCCACAUAAUCAUUACGAAUCAGCUGAUAUGUGUUCCUCAAUGUUAAACUCGAAACGUCUCAGUGAAGUCUCGCUUUCUGCUGCCUUUAUCAGGACUAUUUUAUGUUCGUAGGACAACCAAAACUCUGUCCUGAUGCCAAAGUAGUUCAGCGUGAUCCGCAGUGUUCGAUAGCGCCUGUAGCACUUUGUUGUAAACGUUUACACAUCGUUCGAACGGCCCGUAAAAAUAUUGUUUACAAACGUAGUUUACAGGCAGCCCCCUCAAAACCAGUUUACUUCACUCUAUAGCACUAUUUUAUACCCAAGCUCUGCCGUUGCCUUAAGACGUCGAUCAGUAUUAAUGGGCUGGAAUAGAUUGCUGCACAUUUUAAAAUGUGUGCCAAGGUUGUGUGUGUGUGUUUUAUGUGACUGCGUACAGAUGUGUGUCUGUACUAUGAACAGUUGUUAGUUGUCUAUUCGUCUGUUAUUUCUAAAAUUUAGCCAAAAAACUGGAUCUGCCAAACUUUGUGCCAGUUGAGAAACAAAAGGGGCUCAUUCAUGAAACAAGAACAAAUUUGCCUAACUCGUUCGUAACCAUUUUUUAUUUAAAUUUUCAUACAUUUCUGUAAAUUGGUGCAAACUGUAAACUUCAAUUGUUCAUAAGUGAACAAAUGUAUCUGUAUAUCAUACGCAAACCACUUGUACAUAAAUGUGUCUUGUGUGUAUUACAUGCAACCAUUUGAACUAAAAUUUUGUACAAGACUUUUGAAUUGCGUGAAUUGUGUCUUGUGACAAUUCGUACGUAAAUUGUCACACACCUGCAGAUAAAAAUUUGUGUACAUUGUUCGUAAAAACAUGUAGAUCAAUUGUCUUAAAACCGAACUGAAGUGUUAACUGACCAGUGGCUUUGAAUGGAGAAAAUUUUGUACUAAUGGUUUAUACAGAAAUACGUUAUACUUGUCUUUCAUGAAAGAGGCCCCAAAAAAUGGAAAUGUUUUUCUAUAAUUUACCCGAUAACGAUUAAGUUUUAUAUCGGGAAGUUUGAGUCGGUCGGUUUAUGAUAUAUCGUUCUCUUUGCCAAAUCGUAUAACCACUAGCACAAACACAAAAGCACAUGCGCACCAGCACAGCAUUACCGUGCAGUAUUAAAAUUGACGACUCUUUAUGCUUACCCCGUACAGCGUUCGAGUCAGUUGACUUGCUACUUAACCCUCCCGAAAGUUGCUGAAAAUUUUGUUCGCAAAACCGAUUAUAUACGAAAUUAGAAUCAUGCUCAAUUUUUCAUGGAAUGCAUCUCUGCUUGACCUCAUUUGAUUCAUUUGACUCGAUGUAAUAUCGCUCUGUAAUGAACCGCAGUUCGGCGUAAGUGUUUUUACCUCAGCACAGUGCUGUAUCGGGGCUUCUAAAAUAUCGGUAGUUGUUCAUUUCCAUCUCAGUGUUCUGUUUCGUUUACCACUCUUCGUCACAAUCAACUUCAGACAAAACAGGGUAAACUUUCACGGCCAGCAAAAUUUUUUACACACACAUUUAUUAGAUGUUUAGUAAAUCACAAACUUACAAGGAGUUCUCGCUGAGACUCUUCACUCAGGGGGUUUUCUGCACCACGCGCAUCUGAAAUCUGUUGUUUCUUUUGUUUCUUUCUUUCUCUUAAGUGCUAUUUAUCAAGUGUAUUUUAAAGAAAAAAACGAUGUGUAGUUUCUUUGCAUUUUGGCUUAUGUCAAGUUUUUUGGAAAUGUAUGUGUUUAUCUAACGUGCCGUAACAAAAGCUUGUCGUCUGUAGAUUAAUAUCAUUUUGUUUGAUUCUAAAAAGAUUUAAAUAGUUUUAAGUAUUGUCUUGAGAAAAGCCAAAGUCAAUGCAUUUCAGUGGAUUAUGUAAGCGUGAUACAUGUUUGUUUGACAACACUUUGAAAAUCUGUCAUUGGAUGGGAAUUUAAAAAGUACAAAAAAAGCAGGCUUUCCUAUUUCUAUCACUGAUUGUACUUAUGCCUUUUGUACCAGUGGAACUUUUUAUACUGGCAAUUAAAGGAAAAAAAAAAAGAAAAAAAAACAAAAAAAAAAAACAUCUGACAGGCUGCGCGGCCCCAGCCAGGGGCCGACAGCAACUGGUUCCCGAGUUUGAUUUCUAGGUGGCGUCCAGAACGUUAGGUUUUGAUAUAAAGAUUUUUUUAGAAGAACUUUGGCUUGGUAUCUUUAGCCUCCUCUUCUUUAUUCUUCACAUCAGUAUUUGCUUUCCUUUUUUUAUUUUUUAUUCUUUUACUUUCUCGGAAAGAGGGUCGAGGAGUUUUCCUUUUGGCUUAUACAUACGUAAUGGCGUUUGUCUUUACAAAGAGUCUUUACAACAGCGGUAAGUUUCAUUUAGUUAAGUAUUGUGCAGUCACCAUGAUAAAGACGAUUAGAUGAUUUAGAAGAAUUUAGUCACCUUCAGUGGAUAAAUGUAUUAGUUUGACAAACAAGAUAAAAGUAAUUUGAGGACUUUGCUUUUAGCUGUUUAGAUUUUUCUGGUUUCUCUGUCUUUGCUGUUAACCUAACUGUGUAGCUGGAACAGUCAGACUUAUUUUUGUAAAUGUACGUUCUUGUGUGAUGCAGUUUUUUGCCUCUGUCUCCGAUAUUAAACCAUUUUUCCUAA